AGCACACAGAAGCUUCUCGACAGCCAGACGAGCAACACGCAAAGUACACACACACACACACACACAUCUACAUUCGCCAUCACAUCUCAAGCAUGGGCAACACACACUCCGACGCCGGCAGCUCAGGUGGCAGCAACACGACACAGCCCAGCGGCUGCUGUGGCUGCUGCCUGUCGCCACGCCCACAAUUCGGCCAAUUGCUGGCCAAGCUGCGCCGCACUCUGACACGGCAUUUGCGGCCACGUAAGCGACGCAGCGGCGGCGGCUUUCAGCGCGGCUGCGGCGCACGCACCGCUCUGCUGCGUCCCAUGCCGCGCUGCUCCUCCUUCGGCAGCUGCAGCACCCUGUUGAUGCCGCCCAGCGGCAAGUGCGGCGCCCAGAAGCAGCAGCCAACGCAGUCGGACAACAACUAUGCGCAGUGGAAGUGCAUGUUCGAGCAUGCGGCUGGCAAGCGCCUGUUGACGGCCGCGCAGCGUCCGCACGACAUCAGCGAGGCGCUCUCGGGGCAGACAACGCCGCACGGCUUUCCCUCGCACACGGACGCACGUCGCUGCCCGCAGCACGAGGAGCAGCAGCAGCAGGAGCCGCCGCUCUAUGAGGAGUGCGUCGUGGGCGACGUGAAGGUGCGAAGCCGUCUGAGCUUCCGUCUGCCCGGCAGCAGCCAGAGCAGCGUGCGGCGUCUGACGGCACGCCAGAAAGCCGCCCAGGCCAAGCUGGAGGAGCAGCUGCAGCGGGAGUUAUGCGAUCUGGAGGAAUACUAUGGCGGCUUUUACUAUGCGCGUCGCAACGAACGACGCAUUUGAUCGCAUUUAAAGAAGCGAAAUGGAAUCCGUAAUGUGAUAGCUUUUAAAAUUCGUAUUUAAGUAAAUCAAAAAUUGUUUUAGUUUGAAUAAAAUUCGAUCUGAAAUGUAUGUAAGACAGUACAAA